AUGCUAUUCAGAGAUCCAUACGGUGGAGACGAUCAAGGUUAUAACAAAUUUUUUGAAAACAUGGGUUACAAUUCUCUAAACUUAGUCAACAAUUUAGGCAUUAUUUUUUACUUCUUCCUGUUUAACCUCUUAGUAACAAUGAUGGCAUUAAAAAUCACACUAUUUAAUUGCAAAAACAGCGCAAAUGGUUCUAUUUGGGUUUUUAUCCAGAUUCAUGAUUGA